AUGUCCGAGUCCAGCAGGGCGUUCCACCUCGACGCCCCGUCGUCCUCGUCCGCCGCCGACGGCGACCAGCGCCAUGGGAAGCCCGCCUCGGCGUCGGGGCCCCGCGGGGUGGCCGCGGGCGGCGGCGGCGGCAGCGUGCCGUUCCACAGGCUGUUCGCGUUCGCGGACGGCGCCGACGCCGCGCUCAUGUCCCUGGGCACGCUCGGCGCGCUCGCCAACGGCGCCGCCAUGCCGCUCAUGACGGUCCUCUUCGCCCGCCUCAUCGACGCCUUCGGCGGCGCCGCCGACACGCGGGGCGUCCUCGCGCGGGUCUCCGCCGUCUCGCUCCAGUUCCUCUACCUCGCCGCCGCAUCCGCCGUCGCAUCCUUCAUGCGUAAGUACAGUCCACACACACAUACUCACUGCUCCGACUGCUGCUCCACGCCACCGACACUCUCACUGACGCACAUCGAUCCAUCCAUCCACACAGAGGUGGCGUGCUGGAUGAUCACCGGCGAGCGGCAGGCGGCGCGGAUCCGGGGCCUGUACCUGCGGGCCAUCCUGCGCCAGGAGGUGGCCUUCUUCGACCAGCGCGCCACCACGGGCGAGGUCGUGGGCCGGAUGUCGGGGGACACCGUGCUCAUCCAGGACGCCAUGGGCGAGAAGGUCGGCAAGUGCAUCCAGCUGCUCGUCGCCUUCGCGGGCGGCUUCGCCGUCGCCUUCGCGCAGGGCUGGCUCCUCGCGCUCGUCAUGCUCGCCACCAUCCCGCCGCUCGCGCUCGCCGGCGCACUCAUGUCCAGCGUCGUCGCCAGGAUGGCCUCCCUCGGCCAGGCCGCCUACGCUGACGCCGCCGGCGUCGUCGACCAGACCAUCGGCUCCAUCACAACAGUCGCGUCUUUCACCGGCGAGAGGCGGGCGGUGGCCAAGUACAGCAGCUCGCUCAAGAGGGCGUACAGCUCCGGCGUCUGGGAGGGGCUCGCCGCCGGCGUCGGCAUGGGCAUCGUCAUGGUGCUCCUCUUCUGCGGCUACUCCCUGGGAAUUUGGUACGGCGCCAAGCUCAUCCUGGACAAGGGCUACACCGGAGCACAAGUCAUGAAUGUCAUCUUCGCAGUGCUCACUGGCUCACUAGCUCUGGGCCAGGCAUCUCCAAGCAUGAAAGCGUUUGCUGGAGGGCAGGCUGCAGCAUACAAGAUGUUCGAAACAAUCAACAGGGAGCCUGAGAUUGACGCGUACAGCAUGACAGGUAGGAAGCUGGACGACAUUCAGGGAGACAUUGAGUUCAGGGAUGUUUACUUUUCAUAUCCAACAAGGCCUGAUGAACAGAUCUUCAGUGGUUUCUCCCUUGCCAUACAGAGUGGCACAACUGUCGCACUGGUUGGGCAGAGUGGGAGUGGCAAGUCGACGGUUAUCAGCUUGAUUGAGCGGUUCUACGACCCUCAGCUCGGUCAAGUUCUGAUAGAUGGUGUUGAUCUAAAGGAGUUCCAGUUGAGGUGGAUCAGAAGUAAAAUCGGUCUCGUGAGCCAGGAACCGGUCCUGUUCACUGCUAGCAUAAGAGACAACAUAGCUUAUGGCAAGGACAACGCAACCGAUGAGGAGAUCAGAGCUGCAGCUGAGCUUGCUAAUGCCUCCAAAUUCAUAGAUAGAAUGCCCCAGGGUUUUGCUACUUCAGUUGGUGAACAUGGAACACAACUUUCAGGUGGGCAGAAGCAAAGAAUAGCCAUUGCCAGAGCGAUUCUCAAAGAUCCAAGAAUCUUACUAUUAGAUGAAGCAACAAGCGCUCUAGACACCGAAUCCGAAAGGAUUGUACAGGAGGCUUUUGAUAGGGUCAUGACAAACCAGACAACUGUCAUAGUUGCUCACCGUUUGAGCACUGUCAGGAAUGCUGACACCAUUGCUGUGAUUCAUCGAGGAUCAGUAGUCGAAAAAGGUUCACACCAUGAUCUUGUAAGGGAUCCAGAGGGAGCUUACAGUCAACUGAUACAACUACAGGAAGCGAGCCAUGCUUCUGAGGGUGCAAACUACCAGAACAAGUCAAGCAGGAAGGGUGAUUCUGGGAUUCACUUAGGCAAACAAAUGUCGACAAAUCAGUCACCAAGCCGAAGGUCACCACAGAACAGCAGCAGCAACCACUCGUUCUCAGUAUCACAUGGUGUGCCUCUAGAAAUGGACGUCCAGAACAGUUCAUCAAAGAAUAUAGAUGAAGAAAUUCAGCACGAAGUGCCUCUCAGUCGCCUCGCCUCACUUAACAAACCCGAAAUCCCAGUGCUUAUCCUUGGUUCUAUUGCUUCGGCUGUCAGCGGAAUGAUCUUCCCGAUCUUUGCCAUACUCCUAUCGAAUGUGAUCAAAGCAUUUUAUGAGCCACCACGUAUUCUGAGGAAGGAUGCUGAGUUUUGGUCAUCUAUGUUCUUGGUAUUCGGUGCAGUGUACUUCUUGUCACUUCCUCUUGGCUCAUACCUUUUCUCAGUGGCUGGGUGCAAGUUGAUAAGAAGGAUCAGACUGAUGACAUUUGAAAAGGUGGUCAAUAUGGAGAUCGAAUGGUUCGAUUACCCAGAGAAUUCAAGUGGAGCAAUAGGCGCAAGGCUAUCGGCGGAUGCAGCAAAAGUUCGGGGGCUUGUGGGUGAUGCAUUGCAACUGGUGGUGCAGAACUUGGCUACUUUAGUUGCCGGUCUGGUAAUUGCUUUUGUAUCAAACUGGGAGCUCUCUCUUAUUAUACUGGCUCUGAUACCGCUUAUUGGCCUCAAUGGAUGGAUCCAGAUGAAGUUUAUUCAGGGAUUCAGUGCAGAUGCAAAGUUGAUGUAUGAGGAGGCAAGUCAAGUAGCAAAUGAUGCAGUGAGCAGCAUAAGGACUGUGGCAUCAUUUUCAGCUGAAGAAAAGGUGAUGGAUUUGUACAAGAAAAAAUGUGAAGGACCUUUAAGAGCAGGGAUCAGGACAGGAAUAACAAACGGUAUUGGCUUUGGGGUUUCCUUCUUCUUGCUGUUUGGAGUCUAUGCAGCCAGCUUCUAUGCUGGUGCACGGCUUGUAGAGAACGAGAAAACAACUUUUCCCAAAGUUUUCAGGGUAUUUCUUGCUCUCAGUAUGGCAGCAAUCGGGGUGUCACAUACGAGUACCCUCACAUCAGAUUCUUCCAAAGCAAAAUCAGCCGUAUCUUCUAUAUUUGCCAUCAUGGAUCGAAAAUCAAGGAUAGAUCCAAGCGAUGAUGCUGGGGUAACCCUGGAGCCACUAAGUGGCAACAUCGAAUUUCGGCAUGUGAGAUUCAGAUAUCCAACACGGCCCAAUGUUCAGAUUUUCCAAGACCUAUGCCUGACAAUUCAAUCUGGAAAGACUGUUGCACUUGUUGGAGAGAGUGGUAGUGGCAAAUCAACAGCGAUAGCGUUGCUGCAGAGAUUCUAUAAUCCUAACGCAGGCCAUAUACUCCUAGAUGGAGUGGACAUACAGAAGUUCCAGCUGAGAUGGCUAAGGCAACAGAUGGGGCUGGUGAGUCAAGAACCAUCGCUGUUCAACGACACGAUACGGGCAAACGUUGCCUAUGGAAAGGACGGGCGAGCAACAGAAUCAGAUAUCGUGGCUGCCGCACGGUUGGCAAAUGCUCACAAGUUCAUCAGUUCACUGCAUCAGGGAUAUGACACCAUGGUCGGUGAGCGUGGGGCUCAGCUAUCAGGAGGGCAGAAGCAGCGCGUCGCCAUUGCCCGCGCCAUCGUUAAGGAUCCCAAGAUCCUUCUGCUCGACGAAGCGACAAGCGCGCUCGAUGCAGAGUCUGAACGGACAGUGCAGGACGCGCUGGACCGGGUGAUGGUGAACAGAACAACAGUGAUCGUGGCGCACCGGCUGUCCACAAUACAGGGCGCGGAUGUGAUCGUGGUGGUCAAGGAUGGCAUGAUCGUCGAGAAGGGGAGGCAUGACGCCUUGAUCAGGAUCGAGGGUGGCGCGUACGCGUCCCUCGUCGCGCUCCAUUCAGCAGCGCCGUCAUAG